AUGGACGGCGGGGGCUCCGGGGCGGCGCCGUACGCGGCGCGCACCGCGGAGGAGGUCUUCCGCGACUACCGCGCCCGUCGCGCCGGCAUGAUCAAGGCCCUCACCACCGAUGUGGACAAGUUCUUCAAGCUCUGCGACCCCGAAAAGGAGAACUUGUGCCUUUAUGGGUAUCCCAAUGAGACGUGGGAGGUUACCUUGCCAGCUGAGGAAGUGCCCCCAGAGAUCCCUGAGCCAGCAUUAGGAAUCAACUUUGCUAGGGAUGGCAUGAAUGAGAAGGACUGGCUGGCGCUAGUUGCAGUUCACAGCGAUUCCUGGUUACUGUCUGUUGCAUUCUACUUUGGUGCCCGGUUUGGGUUUGACAAAGAAGCUAGGAGGCGACUCUUUAGCAUGAUAAACAACAUGCCUACAAUAUUUGAGGUAGUGACAGGAUCGGCCAAGAAGCAGACAAAGGAGAAGACGCUUAACAGUAGCAGCAAGAGCAACAAGCCUAGUUCAAAAGUGCAGUCAAGAGCUGAGUCUCGUUCAAAGGCCAAGGUCCCCAAAGAUGAAGAAGAGAGUGGCGAUGAUGAUGGGGAUGAGGAGGCAGAAGAGCACGACAACACCCUGUGUGGAACUUGCGGAACCAACGAUGGCAAGGACCAGUUCUGGAUCUGCUGUGAUAACUGCGAGAAGUGGUACCAUGGCAAGUGCGUCAAGAUCACGCCUGCCCGAGCUGAGCAUAUCAAGCAGUACAAGUGCCCGGAUUGCACCAACAAGAGGGCGAGGGCGUGAGUAACCGAGCAGCAAGCAUCGGCGGACUUGUUUGGAGGAAAUCAUCUCCUGGCGCAGAGAUCAUCCCUAGAUAUGGUGUAGUUUCCCUAGCCUGUAAACCCGUGUUUCUAUUUAUGGCUAUAUCUGUUGAUUAGUUGUUCCGACCCUAGCUGUGUGUCUAAAACGUGGCAUGUUUCUUGUGUUGAGUUGUUGACUUGAGCCUUUCUCUAGUAUGUAAACGUUGUCACUGAAGCUACCUCUCAACUGACCAUUUCUUCAUUAUUGGUGCCGUGCACUUGGUAGCACUGAGUAGUGACUAGUGACUGUAGUCUCUGUUCCCAGUUCCCAGCACAUCUGCUUGUGCGUGGCCAGGAUUUGUACCGGGGGUUCUGAAUUGCAGAAAUCUGUAUCUUACUGUGCAAGUAUGUUGGUACAUGAAUUGUCAAAAGCA